AAAUUUAGACAUUCCUAUUCUGCCUCAUAUUCCAUCUACGACUUGGAGAAAUCGUAAGUAGACUUUGCUUUUUUAGUAGAUGGUUUUGAUGUGCAAAAAUCUAUAAAAAAAGAAGGAAAACCCCUAAUACAAAAAAUUAAAGAAAAGGCAAACCAUGAUGACUUGUAAAGGAAGAAAAUGUUUUCUCUUUUGAAAACUGACAUCCAGUUUAAUCUUUCACACCCAACUAAGCAUUUUUGCAGACCAGUCACACAGACACCACAUGGUAGCACAAGCUCCUCAGAGUUGCAACCCCCACUUCCUCCAGGGCAGCAGUGGGCCCCACAGAAAUGGCUCAGGAAUGGUGACAAAGAGUGGAAGGUGUUCACAUGUGUCACAUUUGGAUCUGAUUAAGUGGCAUAUAUGGUAAAAAGGAAAACUCUAACCCUAACCCAAUCAAUCAAUCAAUCAUAGCUUUUAGAGCACAUAUAUUAACAGGGAAGUUUAACAGAAAGCACUUUACAUAGGUUAAAAACAGAGACAUAAACACUCUAGAAAUAAUUAAACUAAGCCAAGAAAGAUAAAUAAGUAAACUAUUAAAUAAGAUGAGGAACUGAGGAAAUGCAAUUGUCUACUUGCUGAGAAAAUUCUGGAAAUAAAUAAAAUAAAUUAUAAUUAACCUAACAUUCGGAAAACCUAAAUUAUAGGGAACAGAAAUAAAAAAUAUUUUUCAUAAAAUCUAAAAUAAUUACAAACGCUAAAAUAUUCAGUUGUUAUUUAUAAUACUUGUCAAUUAAUCAAAAAAUAAUACAACAGAAAUUCUAAAUAAAUAAUUAUUAACUAAAAGCCAGACUAAAUAGAUGUACUCUUUAGUUCACAUUUGAAAAAAAUCUGCUCCCUUUAGGUCUUCUGCAAGGCUCUUGCACAGGCGAAGGUCAUAAUAAAAGUAACAUAAGUCAUAAAAGUUGUAAUAAAAAUACAUGUUUUCGGUCUACAAGACUAGAAUAUUUUUUUUUGUCCAAUCCGUCAAAAAAGUGACCUAAUCAAAGAUAGGUGGUUAUUCAUAAAAAUAUAGCUUUAGGUUUUUUGUUUUUGUUUUAGGUUCUUUUAUUUUUUUAUCAUUUGUCAGGUUUAGCCACAAACGUCACUUGACACUGUAUAUAUUACAUCUAAAACACAAACCUAAAUGGAGUUCUUGAGUGUCACGUUUAAGAAAGCAAAAAUAUUUAUAAGUCCAGAGAUUUAACAUAAAUUGCAUUUACGAUCAAAUUUAUACUAUUAACAUUUUUCUUAAUCAGGCAAAUCUGUUUUUAUUCAUGCAUUUACAUUCUUAAUAUUCCUAAUGUAAUAUGUGUGGAAGAAGAGGCCAAUCAUGCAUUCAGUGUGGUUUUAGAGCCGCCUGCACUGAAAUACCUGAAUUUGCAAAGAAUGCUAACUUCUGUUGAGACAACUUUCACUGUAGCUUUAUUUUAAGUUUCUCUCUCAUUUUGUCAUCCAGUUGACACAAAGAAACCUUUAUCUCCUGUCAUAUUUGAUUAGUUAUGUGAGAUUUUUCUUUGUUUUUGUUGUUAUGUUGUUUAAUUUGUAGCUUAAUCCCUUUAUGAUCACUUUUGGUACAUACAAAAACAGUUAGGACUCUAAAUACUUUUAUGUCUUUGCAGAACCUUUAUAACACCAGUGAGCCUUCCACGUGUGGUCCAGUAUUUUACCUUUGCACCAAAAGGAAACCAAUAUAUUUCAACAUUUUUUUAAACUCCAAUGUGACUGCUGAAGCAGUGCAGCUGACUCACAAUGGGAAAAAGAAUGAGGUCCUCAAUGGCAUCCCUGACUGGAUAUAUGAGGAGGAAGUCUUUGCUUCGAAUGAAGCAAUAUGGUGGUCUUCAACUGGAAAAUUCUUGGCUUAUGCAGAGAUUAACGAUACAGAUGUUCAGAAGGUUGAGUUCUCUUGGUAUGGAUCAGAGCAAUAUCCUCAAACAGUGGCUUUUCCAUACCCAAAGGCCGGAUCAAACCUUACCAAAGUGAAACUGUUUGUUGUUGACACUGCAAAUCCCACCCUCCAUUCACAUCUUGCUCCUCCUGCUUCCAUUGCUGGAGGUGAUCACAUUUUGAGCUCAGUGACCUGGGCAACAGAUGAACGUGUCGCUGUGCAGUGGCUCACAAGGAGACAGAAUCAUGUGGUCGUAGCCAUCUACGACAUUGAUGGGAGCAGCUGGAGAGAGAGAGAGACAUUUGAGCAAACCAGCAAGACAGGUUGGAUUGGUCAUUAUAUGCCACUGCCCCUUUUCUUUGCUGAGGAUAAGCUCAGUUUCUACAAAGUAAUGAGCAACACUCAGGGCUACAAACAUAUUCAUCACAUAAAAAAUGGUAAAGCCACACCAAUUACGUCUGGGAAAUGGGAAGUUAUUUACAUAUCAAAAUUAACCAGAGAUGCCAUAUAUUUUGUAAGUAAUCAGCAUCAAGGGAUUCCUGUCAAGAGAAAUCUUUACAAGAUUAUGCUUGGAAGCAGCCCCUCAGCCCCCCAGUGCCUCACCUGUGACUUGGACAAAGACAGGUGUCAGUACAACUCAGCUUACUUAAGCGUUGACGCCUCCUUCUACCGAAUGGACUGCUACGGACCCGGAUUGCCCCUUUACACACUUAUGGAUAACAGGGACUCGGGUGCAGGAACAGAGCUAUUGAUUUUGCAAGACAACAAGGAUCUGGAAAACCUGCUGUCUGAAUUUCAAAUGCCAACAAUGAAAUAUGGCACCAUAAAGAUCGCAGGAUUUGAUCUGUGGUAUGAAAUGAUGUUGCCACCAAAUUUCCAGAAGUCCAAAAAAUAUCCUCUUCUUAUCUACGUGUACGCUGGCCCCUGUAGUCAGAGCGUAACCUACGAGAACAAGCUGAACUGGGGCACGUACCUCUCCAGUUCGCACGGAAUCAUCGUUGCCAGCGUUGACGGAAGGGGAAGCGGUUACCAGGGCGAUAAAAUAAUGCAUGCAAUCUACAGGCGCCUCGGGACAUUUGAAGUGGAAGAUCAGAUAUCAGCCGUGAGGAAAUUCAUCGACAUGGGUUUUAUCAACAAAGAUAGAAUUGCUAUAUGGGGCUGGUCAUAUGGUGGUUAUGUCUCCUCAAUGGCUUUGGGUGCUGGCACUGGACUCUUCAAGUGUGGGAUUGCAGUGGCCCCAGUAGCCAAGUGGGAAUAUUAUGAUGUGGUUUACACUGAGCGCUACAUGGGAAAGCCAUCAGAGAAUUCAGACUCUUACCAAAACUCCACAGUCACAUCAAGAGCUAAGAACUUUAAAAAUGUUGACUAUCUCCUUGUUCACGGCACAGCGGACGACAAUGUCCAUUUCCAGCAGGCUGCACAGAUCUCCAAAGCUCUGGUGGAUGAGCAAGUAAAUUUUGAGGCAAUGUGGUACACUGACAAGGAUCAUUCUCUCAGGGGACCAGCCUUUCAUCAUACAUACACGCUCAUGAGCCACUUUCUACAGAAAUGCCUCCUUAAUCCUCAAUAGAUGUGAAAAUAAUCUAUAGCAUUUAUAACGUAACAUUUUUAAGCAGUUUGCUUCUCUUAUUUUUAUUAUUAUUGUGAACAGUCAGGUGAAUUUCACAUGUUUCAUUGCUCAUAAAGUUGAGCACCUUUGUUAUUAAGAUGUGUGACUUUUAGAGAAAGCCACUGCAUGUAUUUAAAGGUUGUUUUUUAAUGUUAAUGUGAUGACAUGCAGUGGAUAAAUCACACUGCAGUGAUUGUUGUGGAGUGGUGUCUUUACACUUCUGAUAUUGCUGUGAUGAGGAUACAAUAAACAUUGUUUUUAAAUACAAA